AUGGCUUCUUCAUGGGAUAAUCGGGUUGCAUUCGUUGUUCGAUAUUUGUACGAUAUCGACUGCAAUGGUUACUUAGACGCGCACGACUUCCAUUGCUUGGCGCUGCGCUCUUGUGUGCUGGAAGGAAAAGGCGAGUGCAGUAAAGCACGCUUGCAGAAGUACCAGCACAUUAUGCUCAGCCUCUGGGAAGAGAUCGCCCAGAUGGCUGACUUCGACAAGGUGCCAGACUAUGAUGGUAUAGUAACAGUGGACGAAUUCAAACAGGCGGUUAUGAAUUGCUGUGUGGGCCGCCGAUAUGAAGAUUUCCCGCAAGCAAUGAAAGCAUUUAUUGAAUCAAAUUUCAGAAUGAUUGAUCUCAAUAGCGACGGGAUUUUAGCCUUAGAGGAAUACAGAUACGACUGCGUGCAAAGGAUAGUGUUGGAAGACAUCAAAAUCAUUGACGAGGCGUACUACUCCUUACUAAAUGUAAGUUAA